AUGGAUAUGGAUAUGGAUCUUGAUAUGGAUCUGGAAAUGGAUCUGGAUUUGGAUUUGGAUAUGAAUAUAGAUAUGGAAAAGACGUUUGAGGUGUCGAUAUCGAAGUCGCCAUCUCAUUCGCCUUCAUCUUUCUCUUCGCAACAAUUCAUGUCGCACUAUCCAACGGUCGCGGCACCAACUCUCCCUAUCCGCAUCCCUACCGUCGCCAAACGGGUUUCAAGCAAUCAAGCUUCUCUCACCACAUCGUCGUCAUUAUUACCAUCGACGUCUUCUUUUUCCAAAAGUUACCAAACUCGUAAUCUUCUUCCAUUUUUUUCUCCAACUAAUUUUAUAAUACUAUUGACGAUAUUUUCCUCCUUCCUCAUCACCACAUGUUCAGCCGAAUUUUAUAUUGAAGAACGAAUGGUUGAAGUUCGAGAAGAGAUUCCCGAACUAUUUGCAUCCACACUCGCACGUCUAGCUAGAUCUGGCACUAUUUUAGUUGAUCAACGACCCGAUCCCUCGCUCCCACGCAAUUCGCUUCCGGAACUUAAGACUUGGGAAAUUACCUCGAGCACCUCUAGUGACGAAGGAGAACUUAUAGACGAACAAGAAAAAGCAAGCAACAUUCCGAUUCAACCUCAAUCGUCAAAUCUAGAUCUCGACUCCGACCUCGAAUUCGAUCUGAAUAAAAAGAGAAACGUAGCGACGAUAACCUCCACAGCAACAAUCACACCUCCCAGAAGUACAAGUGCAGCAACCGCGACCGAUUCCCCCUCAUCUUCGUCAACACUGGCGGAAUCGCAAACGAGUAGCGGACUGGUGUCCGCUGCUACGGGAACAACAGCCAGUUUACCCACGCCGUUUGAUAGUGGGUUUACGAGUAAUAUCACUUCAACAUGUUCGAGUUAUAUGAUGGACUUUUUGGCAAACGAGAGUUUUAAAGCUUGUUUGCCUUUUUCAUUAUUAUUGCAGAACUCCAACUCUUUCUUCCAAGCCUCCAAAUCCCUCGUCCGCAUCACCCAAACCCUCGAUGCCUCCUGCUCCGCCAACGCGCAAUCGUGCUCAACCCUGAUGUCCUCCAUCGCCUCCAACAUCACCUCCACCACCGCCUGCUCGGUCGAUCUCCUCGCCGCCAAUCCACUCGUCACACAAGCUCGUCUAGGUCUCCUCGCCUACUCCACCCUCUACACCGCAUCCUGUCUCAAAGAUCCCUCCAAUGGCGCAUACUGCUACGCGCAAGCCGUCACCAAUUCUUCCUCCCCAACAGAUAGCUACAUAUACUAUCUCCCUUUGAACACGAGUCUCCCUGGCGGCUCCCAACCCACCUGCAACCAGUGUCUGAAAAACACAAUGGCCGUCUUUGAAUCUGCGGGCGCGGUCAGAACGAGCGCGAUAGCGGGUACUUAUGCCCAAGCCGCUGGAAUGGUAAAUGUGCAAUGCGGACCGGGGUUUGUGAAUGCGAGUUUACCUGCUGCGGCGGUGGUGACGGGUGGCGCAGGAUCACGAAUAGAUGGGUUGGGCGGAGGAAUGGGUUUGAGUAGUUUGGUAAUACUGUGGAUUGCGGUCUUUAGAUGGUUAAUAUGA